AUGUGUGAUAUUUUCGAUGUAGUUGAGAAAGUGGUACUCGCUGCACACAAAGACUUAGCUUCUUGCAGAGUUGGGUUCAUUGAGCGGUAUGAUAAGAAAGUUGUAGUCAUAAGCAAGACGUUUUUCAUUUUUGACUGUGAUUUCAAAGUGAUCGAUUCUUAUGAACAUGAUUGCAACAUUUUGAAGGUGUGUUCGCCGGCCAAUGUUGUGUUCUUUUUCUUUCUAGAUGAGCAUGGCUUAUUAAACGUCUAUCUUCCCGAAAGGCACGAACUUGCAUUCUCCUUGACUCACUUAGGAAAAAUUCAUGAAUUGCAACUGGUGGCAACAGCAGCAGUUAGUUUUGAUCUUUUUCUUAGAUCUGAGGAUUCGUUGUUGUUAUGGAGAGAUAUUAACUCCGUACAGCUACAUUCAGAACUUGUUGAACGGAACUUUGAAGAACUUAAAACCCGUUUCAGUAGCCCUGAAAGUGUAUUUAUAACAGGGAAAAUGUUCUUUUGUUGCCAUAUAGAUCCUGCAGUAGUUUGGAAUCUUCAACUGUACAGUCGUUGCAAUGAUGAAUGUCCAGGUUUUCAUGAAAUAACGAUUGUUAUUUUAAGGGAUCUCGACGAAAAUGAUCAGCCCUCGCCUUCUGGUCUUACCAAACUGCUCGAACUUGUAUUGUUCCCCAGCUAUCAAGUUAUAUACCAAUUGCAUAUCAGCAAUGAUUCAUGGCUACUUUCUGAUUAUGAUGUAGGCAACUAUAAAGCCAUUUCUUCCGAUCCUCAAGUACUGUAUGCAGAGUUGCUCUCUAAAAGUCCCAAUGAGGAGACCGAAAACUUCUUUUUGUCUAUCAACGCAUUGAGAGCAACUGAUCCUAAAGAGAAGUUAUUGCAUCUCUUAAAAUCUAAAAAAUUUGAAGAAGCAAGGUUACUUGUGAAAACGUUCAAUCUUGGCUCUGAAGAUUUUCAAUUAGUAUUAACAACCGAAGUGGAAUUUUUAGUGAACGCCAUUCAUAAGCAAGACCAAGAUAACAAUCUCCUUUAUCCCAGACUUCUUAUAUGUUUGCAACAAACUGAGGAGUUAUGGAAAAAUUUAGAGGUCGUUGCGUCGGUUUUGCAAAUCACUAUGUUAAAUUCAGAUGACCAGUUGAAAUUACUUUUAAUUAUCAAAGAUAAGCUGAUUAUGGAUAAUCCUGAAGAUAUUUCUACUGCUCAUGAGGAAAUGGGAACAAAAGUACUUAUUUUACUGAAACGUCUAAAGGCAUUUUUAAUGAUUUAUGGCUCUGAUAGUUAUACCCCAGAAAAUUGGAUUGAAUUUCGCGAUGCGAAUGUUUAUACUAUAUUUGCUCGUCUCUUUCUUUCUAAUUCACCAUCUGCUGGAAAUAAAGCAUCUGAUCCAAGUCAAGCAUUUCUAUUUUGGAUCCUCUAUAAAGGUGAAUUAUCACAGUUUUUAACAUGGGAAACCCUAGAGCUUUUGUUUAACUUGCUAUCUAAACGACCUCUAACCUGUAUUGUAUCUGAAUACUCUUGUGAUGAUAACGUGAGUUCACCGUGUCGAUCAAACGAAUUAGAACUUUUGGAGUCUGAAGAGGCUAUUCAAAAGUGGAUACGUAAUGAAUUACUUCCUGUUGUUAUCAGACAGUUGCCAGAAACUUUACCCAUGUUAGCUAAAUAUUUAAUUCAACGCGUUAGAGAACUAGAAGCUUGUUCAUUCACUUCAAACUCCAAUGUUCAUAUACAAGAGAGGAAAUUAAAUUUUGUAGAAUCUGUAAAUAUUUCAGAAUCAAACAAUGAAGAAUAUUAUCUUAAUAUUGGCAGUGUAGCUGAUUUAUACCUUUCUGGUAUAGCUAGUCGUAAUCCUGAGGUUGAUCCUUUUUUUGAAUUGAGAAAAUUAGCAAAACAGUUGGAUACUAUUAAACUUUUGCGAGACGUUUACAACUGUCAGUUGUCCAUUGAUUGUUGUGAAGGGGAAACCGAAUUGUCUAUUGCUUAUCGUAUCCUUGAUGUUGCAUUUAAUCUCGGUACACGUUUUGACAAUGGUCUAGAUAUACUAACAGCACGAUAUUUGAAGGAUCGUAACAUCGAUUACCAAACAUUCUUUCAAGGUUACUCGUGUGAUCUGAUUAAUCGAAUUCGAACGGCUAUCCAUUCAUCUAUUUUAGAUGAUGAUUGUCCUACAGAGUGGCCUAAAUCUCCUAAAUGUAAACAAUCACACAAGAACACUAACUUAAACCAAGAUCCUCAUGUUCUUGCUCAGCAAGCUUGUUUGGUCGCUAGUUGGAUAACAGUACCUUCAUGUCGAAUGAAAGUUGUACUUGAUUUGGCUUCAGUCGCACCUCUACCGUGGUCUGAUGAUCUAAUUGCACUAACUGAGAGUGUUCUUGGUCAGGCUCGCAUUCAAGGUUCCUGUUCACAAUAUGUUGAUGGAUUAACUCACAAAAUGAACAAGCUGGAGCGUCUUUGCAACAUUGCCCGUCUUCAUGAAAUAUUUACUAGGUAUGAACUAAAAGAGUUCAGUCUCAGCGAUGUUGGUUACACUAAUUCCUUGUGGCUUGCUGAUCAGGCUAUUUCUCGUAUUUUACGGUCUGAUGAAGGUCCUUUCGGGACAAAUACACCUUUUAUUAAUCCACAGCUAACUCGAAGUGAUCCCGUGUAUCGUGAUGCUACAAUUGUAGCUCAAAAAUUACUUGAUCAGUUACAAUGGCCUCUAUUAUUUGCACAGUUAUACAUGGAAUUAGCACUUUUCAAGGUUAUCCAAUCAAAAGAAUUAGAGAUCACUAGUUUUCCAGAUGAUUAUGAAAGUCGUAUUUCGUUUUUCAUUAUUCAUUUAAAUUUCACUGUCAGUGAAACAUAUGAUUUUUUCAACCGAUCUGGUAAAUUAGAAAAAGCAUAUACAUCGCAGUUUACAUUUAUAAAGGAUUGGUUGAUUCGUUUAACUUUUCGUUCGAUGAAACAACUAUUAAAACAUGGAGAUGUUCUUAUUCCAUUUCAGCGUUCCUUAAUUGUUGAUCUGUGGUUAUCGUUGGCUAGCAUGAGAGCUACUUUAAACUCGAUUGAAAAUGUCAAGAAUUGUACGCAAAUGAGUUGGCGUCAUCUAAUGCAGUUUACCAAAUUAUAUGUAACUUCACCUUCGGAUGAAAAUAAUUCGACCGAGCCAGAAAUAACAAUUCUUUUUGAACUUUUUUCUAAUGAUAAAUGUGUAUUUGGUUUAUUAACUGAUCGAUUAUGUAUAAUAAGGCGUCUAACAAAACUCUACAUAGAACAGGUGUAUUCUUCAAAUGAAUCUAUGGAAAUUGAUAACUUAUUUAAUCUUCCUGUAAAAUUACGUUCUAGUUAUCAUUUUCUACUACCAGAUCUUCCCUAUGGAAUACGAGAAGAACUUAUAACUUGGCAAUGGUUUUCAUCAUUAUGUUCUUCUAUUUGUUCUUCAUCUGAAUCACGUUCACAAUUAAAUUUAACAAAUGAUCAUAAUUUAUUCAUUACAAAAACGUUCCAGAUUCAAUCAUUGUUAAUUAAAAUGACGGAAAUAUUGAUCAAUAUUCAUCAAACACGUUUGCAUAGUUCUCUUGGAAAAACAAAAAGUGAAUUAGUCAAGAUUUCUUCAACAUAUUGUUAUUUAGUGCCAACUUGUUGUUAUUGUCGUUGCGUUUGGAAUCGACCACUUGCGCGUUUAGGUUGUAUCAUUGAACUCUAUGUAUUGCAUAUAUUUCCAUUUUUAAUGAAAAUUGUAAAAUCAGUACAACUUGAUGAAAUAAGCAUUCGUAAAUCAAUCGUUAGCAUUAUUCCGACAAUUUUAUCUACAUUUUCAUCCUUAUUAUUAUGGGCUGGUGGACAAGAUCAUUUAAGUCCUGUUGUUGAACAAAAGUGUAUUUGUCGUAUGUUUGCUUUAACAAAUGAAUUUCAAGCGCUUCGUCUAGUUGUUCAUGCAUUCACUAAUGUUUUCGAACAAAUUAAUCGUGCAUAUCAAUCAUCAAAAUCUUAUGAUAAUGAUCCUCUGGAAUGCGUAUUUUAUACUUCGUUGUAUCGUGAACAAACUACCACUGACAUGGUUCAUUCAAAAUUGCAAUCGGAUCAUUUUACUGAUUCUUUACAAUACCUUACAAAUUUAUUGAAAUGGUUUACGCGUCAUUAUUCACAUAAUGACAAUAACAAAAGUGAUGACAUCACUGAGAACAAAGAAGAACAAAAAACUGCGAGAACUGAUAACACAGAUAUUCUUCAUCGAAUUUUAGAAGAAGGUAUGAAAAUCGCUUCAAGUUGGUCUUCAGAAUUUGGUUUACGCUUAACUGGAUCACAUACCCUUCUAAUUGGCAUCAUGAAUUUGAUUAGAUCAUGUGUAACUCUAAACAUUUGGUCCGAUUCAUUUAUUUUCGACUUAGGACUUCAAGAACCCAAUAAUGAUGCAGUUAACAACUGUUUCAAUCUAUUUAAUAAGUGCUUAUCUUCCAGUUUGAACUCGAUAUUAAAUCCAUCAGAUGGGAAGUAUUUGGAUCAACCAUUAGCCUUAUCAUUAGCUCUUGCUUUGCCUAUUGAAGAAGCGACAAAUGUAGUUCGUAAUUUUGUUGCACAUAACAAACAUGCACCGAAAAAAAUUAUGGCUGUAGCAAACAUUAUAUUUAUGUUCUCUCAAAUAACGUGUAAACGUGAUAUAAACCUAUUAGAAUUGAGUCAAACAAUGGGUAAAAUGUGGAGUUGGCAUAUUGUCUUGAAGCCGUAUAAACUAAACUUUAGUCGUAUCAUUACACAUGGAAUAGAUCAUUCAUCAUUACAACAUAUACUUGACAAGUUAUGCCGCAUGGUACCAUCGCUCAAAGAACAAAGUGUCUACCUUGUACCCAGUGACCAUCAGAGUAAUGAAUCAAUGGCAAAAAGAUUGGACAAUACUGAACGAUCUUUACCUUCAAUUAGAUUGAUUGCUAGAUUUUCCAAAGAUUUCAAUAUACCAUUAAAACCUUAUCUAAUUAAACAUUUAAAUGUUUUAUUUAAACCACAUAAUAGACUUAGUAAUAAUGAAAAUAUGUUUUUGCCAAAAUCUGAAAAUGUAAUCAAUGAAUCUGAAGUGAAUUGUUUCAUACGUUAUCAGAAAAUCUGCUUAUCUCGCGCUCAUACAAUACUUAGAUUAUUAUUCAGAUCAGGUAAACAAUCUGAUAAUCCACAACAUUCAUUGAAUGAAUUGGCUAAUUUACUUCAAUCGUUUUAUGCCAGUACAUCACCUUAUGAUUAUGAGCGUUUGAGCUUCUUAUUCUCAUGGAUUCGUACUUGUUGUUCAAAGAUGAUCACAAAUAAACAACUUCAAUUACUCGACUUUCUACGUACUUACAAACGAUCUCACCCUCCUAGAGAUUUUGAACUAGAACGUGUUUCUGCUACUAUUGGAAAUGAAACAACUAAUUUUUCCAAAAGUGAAGGACAUCAUCACAUAAGCAAUAUAAGAAUGCCUUAUCAUCAAUUGUUGAGUGAUUCAUUACCAAUUAAAAUUAUAGGACCAGAAAUUACUGUGUCUAAUGUAAACUUUUGGCUUCGUGUAAAUCAGAGUAUGGAGUGGAAUUCAUCAGAUUUGAUCAAAAUUACUGCUGCACAAAAUUUAGCUAAUCAGUAUACUGUUGUUGGACUUUUGCCUAUGGCUACUUCAAAUUAUGCAACUGAUGAGUUGUCAGUUCCCCGAUCGGUUGGCUGGGACAGAGCACUACCUUGUCAAAUUCUCAUUGAACCUCUUUUUAAUCAACUUAAUAGUCUUUUGGAAUCUGUGAAAUCAACACUUAACGUCUAUUCAUUGUUAGCUGGUCUUGCACGUCGAGUUAUUUAUGGGCCACAUCGGUUAUUAAUAUUAAGAUUAGCUCGGGAUCUCGCCAAAACCUACCUAUUUAGAGCUGACAAUGAAGCACAUCCUGAAGCAUGCUCUAACGACGAGUCACUGGAUUAUGAUUCAGAUGAAGGUCCAAAGGAACUAAGAGAAAAUAUUCGAUUGGCUCGAGUUGCUUUGGAAAAAGCUGAGACAAGUCAUAAACAAUUCGCAAUGGAAGGUUGCCUUUACGAGCACCAUCUAGCCGAUUGGGAGGAAGUAAAUAAGCAUUUCAAUAGUCCAUUUGAACUGAUAUUGAAUUUACUACAUAAAGCGGCAUCGGAACUACAAUCAUCAGUGACUUGGAACUGUAGAUCAAGACUACCUAUAUCCGAAUUAUUUCUAAGACGACGAGUAAUAAAAGCUUUGCCUCAUAUUGCGGAAUUAGCUCAUAUAGAUCUUUUGGAUGUAGCCAAGCAUAUCAUGGUCAAUCGAUUGAAACUUCCGUCUUGCAUAUUUAUGAACAGGGAUCUGAACGAAAGUUCCAUAACAAAUCGUAGCUUAUUAUUAGAUAUGACUGCCGAGUGUGGUGAAUUUUCUCCAGACGAUAUCAGCUUUAAUGCAACUAUGUGUCAGCCACAAUUCAACAGUGUCAAUAUACUCGAAAACCAAGAAUCCAACCAGUCGGAACCUAAACAGGAAGAUUUCAUUGAAAAUGAGUCUCUUGAUUAUGCCUUAUUUUUACUCAUUUUCAUUCAAUCAUCUAGUAACGUAAAUGAAAGCAUGAAAUGGUUCUUUUCAAACCCUGUCAAACAAGGCUGCAUGCUUCACUGUCUUCUAUCUUCUCUUGUUGAUCGAAUAUCAUUGAGGUUAUUAAGUCAUAAACAGUCUCUUUCAAGGAAGGUGGAAAACUUUCUUAGUAAAUUAACUUGCUUCCUUAUUUCAUGGCCAUUCCCAGAUGCGGAGAUUGAAGCUAUUUUCUUCGAACUGAGUAAAUUAGUAAGUCCCAUGUUUUCGAAACAAACAGUUGGAUCUAAUUUCUCACUUCAACGAAUAACAGUUAUUAUUGGUGGUUUUCUACGUUUACUUGCAUUGAGUGGUUCAAAUAAGCAUAUGACAAUGCAAUUAAACACAUGGUUUAAUCUAAUAAAUGGAAACGAAGGAAACAGAAUUUAG